AUUAGACAGCUGAGCGCUCGUUCGGGAUGUUUUGUGCACCUCUUAUGCCGCAGCAGGUACAAAUCCUGUCAUCGUAACACUCUGGAUUGUUCUUGACAUCGCUGCGUGGACAUUGUAGCUCUGAAUUAACGCAUGUGUUAAGAAACAAGAAUAUUUCGUGGAAACAGGCUUUGGACAGAGUUGACACCACAACAUCGAGACUCAGAAUGAAACUGGAAGUUUUUUGCGGGGGUCACUACGACUCCAAGCCCGUGGAGCUGUGCAGCGACGCCGAAGGCAGUAUCCCGUCGCCGCUAUCGGCAGAGGAGGAGCUGGGCUCCGAUGGAGACUGUGUGGCGCACAGUCCGGCACCUGUUCUCCCGGGUGCUGAAAUCAAAGGCAAGCCUUACACCCGGAGACCCAAGCCUCCGUAUUCCUACAUCGCUCUGAUCGCCAUGGCCAUCCGUGACUCGAACUCGGGUCGUCUUACUCUGGCCGAAAUUAAUGACUACCUCAUGAAAAAGUUCCCAUUCUUUCGAGGCAGCUAUACAGGUUGGAGAAACUCGGUACGCCACAAUCUGUCUCUCAACGACUGCUUUCUAAAGGUGUUGCGAGACCCCUCCAGGCCGUGGGGCAAGGAUAACUACUGGAUGUUGAACCCGCACAGUGAGUACACCUUUGCGGACGGAGUGUUUCGUCGAAGGAGAAAGCGCAUUAACAAAAAGGCAGGCAAGGAGCCAGAGGGGCCGAGCCAGAUGGCUUCAGUGGACACCAAAGACUCUAUAAUUACGCCUCCAUCCAGCGCAAAGUUUACGAGUUCCUUCGCCAUUGACAGCAUCCUCAGCCGACCUUUUAGAAAAGAGGAACGCCCCGUUCACCAAACUGACACCUGGCAGGUGGGAGUGGACAUGCUCCCUUAUGUCAUGCGUGGCUCUCCUGUCGCUGUCCCCCAUACACAGUUGCUUCGAUCUUACGAGGACCCCGCAAUAAGCUGCCGUCACCAAAGGGACUUCUUCCCUUUCCAGCUGACCUCCCAGGGCCCAUCAGUCCCUCACACGACUACAUUAGUACCUGGGACUUCUUCAGCGGCUUAUCACCGGUUCAAGAUUGACUAUUUGUUGUCAUAAUAAUGGUGUGAGGGUCUGGGUGGGAGACGUUGGCACUUUCUGUGUACUCGUGACUUAAUGCAAAUACAUUUCACCAGACUGUAUGUCGUCACAGAUCACCUCAGGGGUUUGGGAUACCAAAAAGCAGUGGGACAUGAAAAGCAUUGAGCACAGGGUUGUGAACAGUAAACUAUUUAAUUUUCUAUUGUUUAUUGUCCUACUGAACUCUCUAUAUUUAUAAUGUUUUGUCUUUUUUAUUUGUGAUUGUUUUAAACUUGCUGAACCAAUUGCCUCAAAUCAUUCUAAAAAAAAAGCAAAAGUGAAACCUGUAUUCAUUUCAGAUUUACCAGCAAGUAAAAUUAACUAUUCAAGAGACAAGCUCAAUCUGAAUUGUUAUUGAGGAGGUGAGACUGUUGCAUCAAACCCGUAAACUGGAAUUAGAAUGUAGACUUUAUUUUCCUGACAGAAUGCAUGCGCAUUUUAUACUGAAAAAUAAAAUAUGUUUUCCAAUUAAA